GACAAAAACUGCCAGCCUCCAACACCACAAUCAAACCCAUCUCUCUCUCUUCUGGGGUAUUGUACUACCACUGUGUGCUAUAAAGAACUGAAAUGUAUCUUUCUUUCUAGAUUCUCCGUGCAAAUUCACAGCUCUUAUAUGUAUCUCUCUCUAUAUGAAGCUGUUUCUUGAUAAAUGAGAAUCCCCAAAUCUUCUUUCUGAUCCAACCUCCCUUUUCAGAUCAAUCUCCUUUCCUCUUGCUGCUGCCUUUCUGCUCACUUUUUCUUUGCUUUCUUCUUGGCUUCUUCUGCUGCCAAAAUCCCCCCCCCCCACACCACAGCAUGGAUGGUGGACAAAUUCCAGCAUUUGGAGAUUGGGAGCACGCAAAUGAGUUGCCAAUAACUCAAUACUUCGAGUCUGCGAGACAAGCCGGCUUGAUCCGAUACAGUUCUUCCGGAGAAUGUGAUCAGUACAUGCAUGGUGAUUUAUAUUCUACCGACUUCAAGAAACCUUCUCGUGAUCUUGGUCCUCAAAGAAAGACGACAAGGGUGAAAGAGAGAAGAGUCCCACAUCCACAUGUCAAAGAGCAGAAGAAACAAGUCAAAGUUUGUGACGUGACUGAACCGCAAAGGAGACAUCAACGCCAGAAACCCAUCUCAAUGUACAGUAAUGUGUCGGAAAAGAACAAUGAAGUAGUCUCAGUUCACCCACGGCCUAAGUUGCCUGUUAGAGUUAGACCUCCUAAACCUGUCGAUGAAGAUCUCUACAAAAUCCCCCCUGAGCUCCUCCGCUCUUCCAAGCGGAAGAAGAAGGUGGCAGGAUUCCUUUCAUGCCUUGUGCCUUUCUGUGCUCCGUAAAUUUUGCAGCUAUUCGAGGUGAGACUGCUCAUGUGAAGAAGAAGAAGAAGAAGAAGAAGAAAGAGAUGUGUUUAUGCUGUUGUGUUAUUUUGACUUUCUUGUGAUACAAAAUCCAAUAUUGAGUUUCAUGUGUUUAUGAGUUAGCUUAUUUCAUUUA